AAUAUUUCUCAAAAAAAAUAUUUAAAUAGUAGUGGUGCUAGAUUUGAUUUCGAUGAUUAUAAUGAAAAUCACGUCUUCAAUAAAUUUGAAGAUCAGUUUGAAUCUUUUAAGAAAAUUAACGGUUGCGGGUUCGAAAUUGAUUAUAAUACAGAAUUCGAGGGAACUUUAUUUAGAUUGCCGCUUAGACAAAAUGGAAUGGAAAGUUCUAUUUCGGAUAAUGUAGAUAAUAUUGAAAAGGUUAUCGAAUUAUUAAACAUGAUAAAGAAAGAAGCAAUGUCAGAAUUGAUUUUUCUACGCAAUGUAAAAUCUUUCGAAGUUUUUAGAAAAACUAGCAAGGAAAGUAAUCCAACGCUCUUAUGGAAAGUUGAAGUCACAAAAAAUAGUGAACUUCGUAAAUUAUAUGGAAAAGAGUCGCAGGUAUUUAAGCUUGAUGUUCAAUUUUCUGAUAGAACGAGAUUGUUCAGUUUUGCAGAAAGGAAACCGGAAAAGAAAACAUGGCUCAUAAGUUCAGGAAAAAAUGAUUUUUCACUAAACCGACUAGGCACAUGGGGUGGAGUAGCUAUAUUGGUUCCUGAGAGGCCCGAAAUUCCAUUGACAUUAAACGACAAUAUACAAAAUGGAAAAUUUUAUUCAUACCUUUCACUUUCUAUUCCCUCAGGACUAUCAGUAAAUUUGCAUGCGAGUGGUUGGGCACUUUCAUCUGAUCGGAGAAGUAUUGUAUUUGGCGGUGAUAAUCAAACAUGUGUUAAGGAUGAUGUAAAAGCAACUCAAAAUAAGAAUAUCUUGAACAAACUUCUUCCUAAACUUCAUGUAAAACUUUUUGAAGGAUAUUUAGAAUUAGAAGCAGCUUCUAGAGCUAG